UAAAGUUUCGAAAGAGCUUCACGAAAUGAUAAACAAAGCUGUGAUAGUGGGCGUUGUCACAUAUUAUUUUGCUGAUAAUUUAUAGAUUAAAAAUCUGAUAAAGCGGUCCCAUUAUUACGCGACAUUGUACUAGAUAAAAUUGGAACUAAAUUGAUAAAAAAUACAGGCAAAACUUCAUACGACGUUUUGGUGAAUCAUUUGUUUCGACUCAUGUUUUUAACGAAUUUGGGUUAUUAACGACUUAUAAUCCAAUAAAACGUGUGUUACAAUUGACGAUUACAUUCAUAUGAUUCUAUUUUAAUUCAUGAAAAUGUUGAAUUUCGUGAAAUAAAUAAUUAUGAACAUGAUUCAUCGAAGUUUCUUAUUGGACCGUAAAGUUUGUGUUGUGUGAAAAUGUUUAGAAAAACAUUGAUAACUUUGUUACUAUGUGCAACUGUGAGGUGUCAGUCUAAUAAAGACUUGUAUAACGGGCAGUUUAAUAAUGAUUAUUAUAAUGUAAGGCCGCAGGAGGCAUCUAGGGACCAUAGAAUACCAAACCCUGGUGACUCAGACUACAGAACGUAUGUGUACAACAAUCGGAGAUAUGGAGCGGAUCCUUCGAGAUAUAACCCAUAUAACCCUAAUAUCAACCGGCCUGGAGGCUUUCCCUACAAUCCCAUUGUGACUAAUCCUUUGGACGAGCAGUUUAAAUUUAAUUCAAACCGAGACCCCAAUAACCCUGAUGCUUUAUUCCCUGGUGUUUUGGGAGGCUGGCGAGAAGAUCUCCAAGGAAAGGAGAGGAGAGACUCGAGGCAGUUGAAGAGAGACAUCUUUGUAAAUACUAAUUAUGGACAAGUGCAAGGAUUUAAGGUAUACCUUUAUGACAACCCAGAUCCAAAUUCAGGCUAUCGGCCAUGGUUGACACCAGUGGAGAGAAUACAAGGAGAAGUUUCAGUGUUCUUAGGGAUACCCUAUGCGAGACCACCUGUUUUGGAAGGCAGGUUUAAGCCACCCCGUCAACAUCCUGGCUGGCAGCUUAUCCAAGCGGUGGACUGGGGGCCGGCGUGCCCGCAGCCCGUCCGGUUCACGGGCGCUACCAAGGGAGUGCGCGACAUGGACGAGGACUGCCUGUAUUUGAAUGUAUUCUCGCCUAAUACCGAAGCCGGUGCGACGGCGCAGAAGUACCCCGUUAUGGUGUACAUACAUGGCGGCCAGUUCUCAUCGGGCGCAUCCAACCUGUUCCCAGCCCACAUGCUAGCUGCCUUCUACAAUGUUGUUGUUGUUUCGUUCAACUAUCGGCUCGGCGCUUUAGGUUUCCUAUCAACGGCCGACGAGAACUCCCCCGGCAAUUACGGCAUCCUGGACCAGGCGAUGGCGCUCCGCUGGGUCAGGGACAACAUUGGCCCGUUCAACGGUGACAGCGAGGCCAUCACCCUGUUCGGGCCGGGGGCCGGGGCGGCGUCCGCCGGCCUGCUGGCCGUGGCGCCGCAGACUAGGGACAUUGUGACCAAAAUCAUAGCACAGAGUGGGUCAGCAUUAGCAGACUGGGCGCUAAUAGAAGAUAAGUUCCGAGUCCAGAACACUUCGCUGGUUUUCGGGAGGCUUCUGGGUUGUCCCAUAGAUUCCUCAUGGAAGUUGGUUAACUGUCUCCGGCAAGGCAGGAGCUUCCAUGAGCUGGGGAAUGCUGAGUUUCAGCCACAAGUGGGCUUCAUACCCUGGGGUCCAGUCCUCGAGAACAACUUCACGUUCCCCGGGGACGGGUGGUACGAGGGCUGGCGCGAGAGGGACUGGCACCUGCUGCAGAACACCCCCGAGGAGCUGAUCUCCAGACGGCAGUUCAAUCCGGCGCUGCGGUACAUGACCGGCGUCACUACGCAGGAGGCCGCCUACUAUCUGUACAACAACCAGUCGCUGGCGCCGGACUACACGAUCACGGAGCGCUGGUUCGAGCAGAAGGUGAGCGAGCUGGUGCUGCGCUACAACUACACGCUGAACCCGCGCGGCGUGCGCGACGCGCUGCGCUUCAUGUACACCUACCACCCCGACCCGCACAACGUCAGCGCGAUACGCGACCAGUACGUGCAUCUCCUCUCGGACUUCCUGUACCGCGCGCCAACCGACAAAAUGGUGAAACUCCUCCUGGAGCAAAAGGUGCCAGUCUACAUGUACGUGAUGAAUACCACUGUGGAGGCGUUCAACUGGCCCGAAUGGAGGCGGUACCCGCACGAUGUGGAACACUACCUCCUGGCCGGUGCACCGUUCAUGGACCCGGAGUUUUUCCCCACCAGGCACCGGGUGGAACGGCAGGCCUGGACACCGAAUGAUAGGAACAUGAGCCACUUCUUCAUGAAGGCGUAUGCGGAUUUCGCGAGAUACGGCAACCCGACCCGCUCCCGCAUCCUCGGGAUGCACUUCGAAGUGGCGGAGGCCGGUCAGCUGCGCUACCUGAACCUGAACACCACCUACAACUCGAGCAUCCAGCUGAACUACCGGCAGACGGAGCUGGCCUUCUGGACGGUGUACCUGCCCACCGUGGUGGGGCGCUUCGUGCCCACCUACCCGCCGAUCACCGAGUACUGGUGGGAGCCGAAGCAGCCUCUCCAGAUAGCCUUCUGGACGGUGUCCAGCGCCUGCCUGCUGCUGAUCGUGCUUCUGGUUGUGUGCUGCAUGCUUUGGCGGAACGCUAAAAGGGCUAUACCACCAAAAUGGAAACUAAUACCGGCCAUAGAAACGGAUCGCUUCUACAACGGCGACAUAUUUAUGGUGCCCGAGCUAGACAGCGGCAUAGACAACACGACGCGAUCCAGAGACAACAUAUACGAGUAUAGAGACGUGCCGGUGAAACGGCCGCAGACGCCGCAGACAAUGACUAGAACGAUCAGCCAACCAACCACCAUCCAGUCGUCUCGAGCGCCAUCUGAGGCGUCCACGGAAUCGGCGAUGUCCUUGAAGGAAGUUUCCAGAGCGCCCGAGCCCCGCCCGCGGUCCAGGACAAAACUCGUUGGUGGGGUGCCACAGACCACUGUUUAAGGUCCAGUGGGAAAUGGGGUGAAAAAAAUGCCAGUUAAAAAGUUAUUAAACGCUUUGCACACCUGUUUCAAAAUAACCCACUUAGAAAUAUUUAAUCGUAACAAUAUUAUAAAAAUUUAUACUUUUUAUAUAUAUGGCAAUA